AUGAGGAGAAUGUGGAUUAUUUUGGCCUUGAUGGUAACGAUGAUAAAAGGAUUGGAAGAAAGUAUGUUUUAGGAAACAAUUGAUUGAACAUUUUAAAAAAUAUACAAUUUCAGAAUUUAACUAUGUUGGAUUAUUGUGGAAGGGUAUGUCUCCAGCAGAUCCUCCUGCAGAAUAUCUUCCAAUGGAUUUUUACACUGUCAAAAACCUUACUGAUCUCACAACAUGUACCAAAAAUUCUGAAUGUCCUUUGAAUGGUUUCUGCAGCGCGCCAAAAUCAACAAAUAUCGUCAAAAAGUUCUGUUAUAGCAGUGAGUUUGGGAUUUGUUUUGCAAUCGCAUUUUUCUGAACCAUUAAUUUUCAGUUCCUACAUUUUCUCCUGAUAAAUAUAUGGUAUCGUUGUCAGAAAGCGCAAUUGGUCUUGACUUAUGUUCUCGUGGAGAUCCAAAUUGUUCAAAAUGUCUUAUAUCGCAAGAGUUCAAUGAGACUGAUUACAAUUUAUUCUCGGGACGUGUUUCCAGUGAUGGAUAUUGUUUUAAAGGUACAUUUUUGUAUGUUUUCAAACUUAAAUGAACAGUUUACAGAGAUAGGCAACGUAGGUUGCAAAAAUGGCAUAAUUGGUUACAAUACGACACAAAUUGUUGAACUCUGUAAAGAAAAGAAAGGAAUGCUAUCCAAGUAUAUUCAUUUCAACCAAAAACGAAUUGUUUGCUGUCCAUCACAGAAAUGCAAACGAACAGGCACAAAAAGUAAUUUUCGAUCAAGUGAAUUGGAUGUCGAAUUAUUCGCUAUGUGUUCACAUAUUCCUAAUGGCGGGUUAUCUGAUAAUUUGGCCAACAAUAUAAGUGAAAAAUUUGUUUUUUGUGAUAACCAAACAAUCUGUCGUAUGUUUUUUUGUAUUGAAUGGACCGGCAACGGAGAUUAUGAGCGAUUUUUUUAAAAAUGCGCAUUAUCUCCAUUGCCGGACCAUUUAAUUCACAAAUUUCUAAAUAUCAACAUGUUUUCAGCUCUUCCAUUUGCUUAUCAUUUGUUCAAAGAUCAUAUGAUGAAUUAUACAAAACCUCCAUUGAAUAUAUUACCAGAUGGUUUCAAUAAUUUUAGCUACACACCAAUCAAAUGCAAUAAAAAUAAAGAUUGUGGGAAAAAUCGAUUCUGUGGACCUUUUUUAUCAUUUCAAACCAAUCCGAAAAACAAAAAAAGUUGCUAUGUACGAAAUCGGAAAUAUUAUGAUCAAAUAGCUGGAGACGACUGUAAUUUGGAUGAGGAUUGUUUAGAUGAAACUGGCAAACCAAAUUUGGAACUAUUUAUUUGUACUGAAAACUUGGAAACAAUGCUUUUAGCUUCGGAAGUGAAUUAUUGCUGGAAAGGUAAAUAUAUUUACUCUUCAAAAAAACACCCACAUUUGUUUUUUUCAGCCCCAAAAAUUCCAAGACCUCACAAAUUGUCAGAAGCUAUGAAUGAAAAGGAAAUUGGCUUGAAUUUUUGUAACACACCUGAUGAUUGUCCAUCGCGUUCCGUCGAAAGUUUUUUAUGCAAACAAUUUGAAAACAAUGUGACAUAUAUGGGAAUAGUGAAAAAUAACAGAACAUUGUGUAAUGGAAUUUGUAUUGAGAGUAAGUUACAUACAUCCGGAUAUUUAUAAGUAAUUCAUUCACCCGGAAAAAUUAGAGAAUGAAAAACAUUAUCUAACAAUUUUAUUUUUAAGCUAUUCCCGAUGUUUUCUGUCCGGACUUCCAAACAAUAUUUUCAAAUGAGCCAAAAUGUGAUUCAAAUGGAAUUUGCACAACUCAACGUGGAGCUAUUUGUAAAUUAGGACAUUGUUGUCCAUCUUCACAAUUAAAUACAACAACAAUCGAAAUGAUAAAAGGAAAAUAUCAUUAUGUAACAGCAGAACCAUGUGAUUUUUUGAAUCCAUCAUAUCGUAAAUUAUGGUAUGCUUAUUGUGAUCCAGAAACAAGAAAUAUUACGUAUUUUGGGAACAUGUCAGAAUUCGAUGAGCCACUUAAAAUGCUCGAAUUUAAUAAAUCAUGUUUAUCAUGGAAAUAUUGCCCAACUGGAUUCAUUUGUUUAUUUCAAAACCCGAAAGACAAACUUGGAAAAUGUUAUCAUAAUCCAUUGAAACCAAUUAUUCCAAUUGAAAAGUUUGAUUUUGAAAUUCCUGAAGCUGAAAUUCCAGCAAGUAUAAUUGCAAUAUUAAUUACAUUAACAUUAGGAUUAUUUAUAAUUGCAUAUGCAAUUUAUGAAACUGAAACAAAUCGAAGAAAGAACGAUGAAGAAAGAAUUCAACAAGCAAUUCGACAUCAAAUGGGUUUAGAUGAAGCUGGUAUUGUCGAAGUUAAUGAGAAUAAUAGUGGAUAUAUCACUAUGUAA